AUUAUUUGCCUGAUGAAGAUUCAUUAAAUGCAUUGGAGAAACCUACAGGGUUUACCACUGCUAGUGGAAAAUGCUUGAACGCAGUAUCCGAAGAUUCACUUAUUGAGGCGCGUAAUUCUUUAAGGAUUGACUCUGGAAUGAACCUUUCUAACGGAAAUGCAGAUUAUUUGCCUGAUGAAGAUUCAUUAAAUGCAUUGGAGAAACCUACAGGGUUUGCCACUGCUGGUGGAAAAUUCCUGAACGCAGUAUCCGAAGAUUUGUUUAUUGAGGCGCGUAAUUCUUUAAGGAUUGACACUGCAAUGGACUUAACUAAAGGGAAUGCAGAUGAUUUGCUUUCAAAGACAUUGAUCGAUAAUGGUAAUGCUAAUACAGUUAAUUUUCUGACGUUUAAUAAUCCACAAGAGAAGGAACCAAUGUCACUUUUAAAUAAUCCGUUGGAAGGAACAUGCUCUGAUCAAAAUAACAAUGGAAAACGAUUACUAGGGAUUAAUGCGCAUAAUAAUGGCAGCAUAGAAAUCAAUGAGUCAUUAAGUUCACAAUCAAAUAUUGAAACCGAUGUUGGACGUAGAGGAAAUGAAGAUUUGAUCAUUAAUGACAAUCAAAAAAUGUUUUUGACAUCAUUUUCGACUCAUGGUUCCAAAGAAAGCAAACCAAACAUAAGAAUCCCAUCAAAUAUAUUGCAUAAACCACGAGUGAAGGAUAUAAAUAAGUACAAAUUUACUAGGAAAAAAAGGCAUUUUUCAAAUCCCUCAAGAGCCAGGAAACUAAGAAAGACACUUCACCCAAACAUAGCGGUGUCGAAUAAUCCCAAUCCCAACAACAAAAUUGAUCAAAAUUUUGUAAAUCCAAAACGCUCGGUGCUCGAUAAUACCAAGAAGAUGUUUGACUUGACAGCACCUUCGAAAAGAUACAGACUCAGGGAUAUUGUGCCUGAUCUUUCUCUUA